AUGGCCGCUGUCCUGAAAAAGCGAGCUCUCGCAGAGUUUAGUCAAGUUAUUCAGGAACCUCCUAAACCGCCUCUAAAAAGACUACGCAUAACACAGAAGCAAAAAUCUAUUGAGCCAGAAAUCAUUUUGAACAAUGCAUCUUCAAGCCAGGAAACUUUAGAACAACUUCAAAAUUUCUCCCAAAACCAGCUCCCAGUAUCUUGUGAAUAUAUAGAUGGUAUAUUACGUGCCUUACUGGACCAUUGCUGCAAGAGUAAACAUGCCGCAGUUAGGGCAAAGAUCGCUUCCCUCGUGGCUCAACUUGUCGCAACGGAGGGCUUCAACCCUGCAGCUGUACCGGAUGAUAUUAUACCUCUUCUCAAAAAUGAAGAGUCUCAUGUAGUGAAGUCUCAGUAUAUCAUGUGUUUGUUAUCUAUUGGAAAAGCUCUACCACAAGAUACUAAGCUACACCAGGUUCUGGUACAAUCUGCUAAACAGAAUCUGAACGAUACCAGUCACCUUGUGAGAUGCAAAUGUCUUGAUUUGAUUGGCUGGCUUGGGUCACCUGACCAGCGUCUUGCUGAGGAGAGCCAAUCAGGGAAGAGCACACAAAGAGUUCUGGGGGAGUUUACACAUGACCAGGACCCGAGAGUUAGAACAUGUGCUUUUCAGGCCAUGCUUCACUGGCACAAUAGGGGCAUCAAGUUGGACGCAGGGAUAUACAAUGCCGUGUGUGAUGCACUCAGGGAUGAUUAUGAAGGAGUGAGACUGGUCACUGUCAGCCUCAUCUGGACUCUUAGUCAGCUCUACCCUGAUAGCUUAGUAAAGGUGAAGAACACUGAAGAAGUACGCUUAAUUGAUGAUGCAUUUGGCAAGAUAUGCAACAUGGUAAAUGACAUAUCCAUGGUCAUAAGGGUAAAAGCCUCAAGCCUGCUGGGUACAAUGCAUGAUGUCAGUGUUAAGUUCUUGGAACAAACCUUGGACAAGAAACUUAUGUCAAACAUGAGAAGAAAGACAAGUGCGCAUGACCGUGCCAAGGAGCAUUUUGCAGCUGGGGAAUGGGCUACAGGCAGUAAGUGGGCAUCAGAUGCCCCUAAGGACCUCAUUCAGGAGAAUGAUGUCAGUGUGAUAGACACAGGAGCUUGUGGUGCAUUUGUACAUGGACUGGAGGAUGAAUAUCUGGAGGUGAGAACAGCAGCCAUUGAAUCUCUCUGUCAACUUGCCACCCGAUCACCCAGCUUUGCAGCCCUUUCUCAGGAUUCCCUCGUGGAUAUGUUUAAUGAUGAAAUUGAAGAUGUGCGACUGAAUGCUAUCCGUAGCUUGAAGAGGAUCGCAAUUCAUCUAACUCUGAGGGAGGAUCAAUUAGAGAUUAUAACUGGAUGCUUAAAGGAUUUCUCGUAUGAUAUGCGUGAAGCGCUGCAUGAGAUGUUUGAAUGCAUCCACAUGGGUACCAAGACAUGUCUGAAUGAAUGCAUCAUGGCUUUACUCGAUAACCUCAAACGAUACCCUCAAGAUAGGCUCUCAAUAUGGAAGAGUUGUCAGUACAUAGGAAAGAACCACCCUCACCUCACUCUAGCACUGACCACAGAGUUACUGAGUACACAUCCAUAUUUUGAUACACCAGAACCAGAUAUGGAUGACCCAGCAUAUAUUGCAGUUCUGAUUCUAGUGUUCAAUGCUACUGUUGACAAUCCCACAAUGGUCCCAUUGUUCCCAGACCAUACAUUCAGACACUACCAAUACCUCAGGGAUAGUAUUCCAGAGCAUGUUCCUGGUCUCAAUCUGCCUGGAGUAUGCAGCAUGCACAAGGUGAAGAAAGAUGCAUCCCAAGAACUGAGCAGGUUCCUGAACAAUGCCCUGGAAAGACUCAGCAAAGUGGAAACUAUGAAUAGAAACUCUGCACAGCAGUUGAUGGAGGUUACUAUAAGGGAUCUAUCACGUCUUUCUGAGUUGGAGCCCAAACUCUCUGCAACAACAGAAAGCAUGUCCAUCUACAUACAGUGCCAUCUACUUGUUUCUAAGGCAGUAGCAGAUCUUAAAACCAGUGGGCGUGGUCAUAAAGUAUGCAAUGUAACAUCUACAUCCAUGAGUAAGGUAAAGAAGCUGACACAGAAGCUGGAGUCAUUGUUUGUUGGUUUGACCAUCUCUGAUCUAGCGGUGAUACGUCAGUUAGGUUUGAAAGCAUAUUGCCUCCAGUUGCUAGCAACCAUACAUGGCAACAGUCGGGAUGCGGCUUGUUUACAGAUGUGUGAUGAUGUGUAUCAGAGAGUUACUGAACUUGAAAGUUUUCUCUCAACACAUAAUAUGCCGUUUGAUCCAUUUACUGCGAGACUGGUGUCUGAGUUAGGAGAACUAGAGUCUCGGCAACCUGCCAUAUUUCUGCGUGUUCUACAAUCAACUCUAGGUUUACAUAAAAUUGACAUUCAUACAUUAUCAAAUAAUGUCCAAAAAGCACAUGUGGUGAUUCAUGAACCUGUCAGCGAAUCAGACAAUCCAAUUAGAUUUACUGCGGGACUAACUGUUGGAGUGCAGUUCAUUGCGAUCAUUGAAAAUAUUGAUGACUCCCAUAAUCUCAGAUUAAAGAUUAAAUACCCCGACCAAGAAGAGCAGUAUGUUUCUAUAAAGCAAGCGGACUGCAAGGCUAUGGGUGGGAAUAAAUACAGGGUGUCCACAGAAGUUAUUCUAUCCCAUACUCUUUGGUCAGAUCCAUGUUACAUAGAACUGUCUCUAGCAAAAGCCUUUACAUCUAACUACAACAGCAGUGACACUGAAAUAUCAUCAACAAACAAAUUGGAAACUGUGGACUUAUGUACACCAGUAAAAGUUUAUGUCUCACCAAGACCUGGGAAAAGGUGACAUGUCUCUUUAAUGACAUGUCACUUUAAUGACAUGUCACUUCAAUGUUUAUGUCACAUCAAGAUCUGGGAAAAGGAUCAGUAUUCGGUCUCAGAGCUCCGAUUUUGCUGCUCCCUCUUCCUCAAGGAAAUCCUGAAACAGUGUUUUCAGCAUUGAGUUCAUAAAGAUGUUGCUUGGAUCAAGAGACUUCUUGUUUCGGAUGGUGAUAAACUCUCGAAAGCUGGAUCCAUAGACAUUUCGAAUGUGGUUGUAUAUGCCAGGAAUGGAGUCAUAUAUCUUAGCCCAUUGUGGCACAGCAUUAUCUGACAGUAAACCAGUAGCAGCUUAGAAAAUAAUGUGCAUUAUGCAUAAAUUUUAUGUG